AUGACGCGCCUCCCGUCCGCAGCCUCCGCUCUGGUCCUCGUCUCCUCCGCUGCUGAUUCACACACGGGGCGUGUGGAAAACACCGCGUUUGCGCUCGGCACUGGUUCCACCGCCGCCACGAGACCGGCUCGCGCCUCUGCUCGGCCCUGCUUCUGUGCCUGGUUGUUGACCGAGCCUCCGAAUCCGCACCGACCGCUGUCGUUCGCCGGGAAGAGGGAGCUCCGUGCCCGUGUUUUGAAGAUGCGCUCUCCCUCAACGCAGGAGCGAACACGUGAACGCGCGCCCGGUGUCACGCCUCGAACGAAGCCCUCCGCGUCCACAACACUCGGCGGAGAUGCUGCGGUGGGGAAGAGUUCCCUUUCCCGUAUGUUCCACGGUGACGGUACGCUCUUCCAGAAGAACUACAGCAUGACAACUGGAGUAGAGCUGUUGAUCAAAUGUGUCAACAUCCCAGAGACCAACGACAGUGUGGAGUUCUACAUCAUAGACUCUGCAGGGAAGGAGACAUUAGUGGAAACCUGUGAGAAAAUGUGGGGUCAGCCGUCGUUGCUGUGUCUGGUUUUUGACCUCACCAGUGAGCAGUCUUUUGCCAACUGCAGCCAGUGGAUGGAGAGAGUCCGUGUCCACUGCCAGGGUCUCCAUAUUCCAGGUGUUCUGGUGGGCAACAAGUCAGACUUGUCUGAGAGACGGGAGGUACAGGCGUCCGUGGCCCAGGAAUGGGCCCAGGGCCAGGGCUUGGAGUACCAUGAGACAUCGGCCAAAGAGAUGGAGAACUGCGAUGCGCCGCUCCUCAGCUUAGCCCGGGCCUUUCAUUCCCUCUAUCAGGAAAGAAGGGAGACCAUCCAGAACCUGAGUCCAAGCUAGACCACGUCCAGCCCAAGCCCACAUCAGCUUUAUGUGUGAUAGGUGUGAGGAUGGGAGGUGGUCUCCUGUACCUCCACCCGCGGUCCCAGCAGAUAAGGCUCGUUUAGAGUCAUAGUCUGGUCUGCCAAUAAAGAGACUCCUUUUUUCUAUGCGAGUCUGUGCUGAGCCCUGUUUUCUCUUAUCUGCUUGUUCCAUGUCCUUGCAUAGACAGGGGGCUUUACUUACACAGUGACAGUCAGGUCGUUACCACAGUAAGACUCCAGCACCUCCUCUCCUUUGUGUUGAUGGCUGUGAUUUUAGUCUUUUCUGUCCACCAUCACCUCAUCCUUCUGAUGUUUUCCUUUAAUUUUAAUGUCACCUUGUCCCUGACCAGAUCUGUCUCUAUUCUGUUUUUUUCCUCACCUGGCUCUUUGUUUCUUCUGUUUAUCUUUUUCUUCACCUUUAUUGGGACCUUACCCUUUUUUUAAGACUUGCCAAUUGCUGUGUUGUUGUUGUUGUGUGUGUGUGUAGCUGUGUGUCUUGUUGUGUUUACUGCCCAGCUGUAGCCCUCUCACAUUAUUUCAGUCAUGUCCCUGAUACUGUGCUAACAACAAGUAAUCACCUUUCUAAUUAGCCAUGUCCUAUUCAAAGCAGGUCAAAGCUGCGUCCCUGUUCUCCCCGACUCUCAGACCAGCUGCCACCACUCAAGGACAGUGACAUUGUUUUCAUUUCUGACUGCUGUUUAUAACAUAUAUAUUUACACUGAUCUUCUUCCCAAACAUAUAAAGCAGUUCUAGAUUUUA